AUGUCAAUGCAUGCAAAAACAGAUUCAGAAGUGACCAGUUUGGCCACGUCGUCGCCAAAUCGGGCGGUGUACUACGUGCAAAGUCCGUCAAGGGAUUCUCACGAUGGAGAAAAGACUACGAAUUCAUUCCAUUCUACGCCGAUUCUCAGUCCGAUGGGGUCCCCAGGCCGCCACUCCCGGGACUCCUCGUCCACCAGAUACUCAGGCUCGCUGAAGCCGGGAUCACAGAAAUCAAGUAAUGGAUCGAGGCGGCACCACCACCACCACCGGAAGGCGGAGAAGGGUUGGAAAGAAUUUGAUGCCAUUGAAGAGGAGGGACUUCUUGAUGAAGAGGGUGGCUAUAAGGGUGUUCCACGGCGGUGCUAUUUGCUUGCCUUUAUUGUUGGUUUCUUUGUGCUGUUUAGUUUCUUUGCUUUGAUCUUGUGGGGUGCAAGCAGAAAUCAGAAACCUAUUGUCACCGUUAAGAGUAUAAUGUUCGAUAAAUUUAUGAUCCAAGCUGGAUCAGAUAACUCAGGCGUAGGCACUGAGAUGGUGACCAUGAAUACUACUGUCAAGCUUAUUUUCCAAAACACGGGUACAUUUUUUGGCGUUCAUGUAUCGUCUACUACAUUAGAUCUAUCGUUCUCCGAACUUAGAGUAGCCAGUGGAACCAUAAAUAAAUUUUAUCAAUCGAGAAAAAGUCGAAGACAGAUAACAGUGAUGUUGAGAGGAAGCAAUAUUCCAUUAUAUGGAGGAGGAGCAAAUUUAAGCAGCCAAGAUGGGAAGCCAGUUGCGCCUGUGCCAUUGACAUUGAAUUUCAUGGUUCGAGCCGAGGCCUACGUGUUGGGUCGAUUGGUGAAGCCCAAGUUUCGUAGAAGGGUUCAAUGCUCUGUGGUUAUGGAUCCCAAGAAAAUGAACGUGGCUCUUUCUUUGAAGAAUAAUUGCACUUACAAUUAA